AUGACUCUCAUCAAGUUGAAGGAGCAGGAGGGGGACCCGCAGUCUGUAGUGAACCAGCUCAGGGCCUUGAUGGAGUACUUUAAGAGGCUGGUGGAAGACGAAGGGCUGGUGAAGCGCUUCUGGGGACAUGUAAAGCAAAACCCCCUGGGUCUCCUGAGAAGAUCUCGAAGGCACGGGGGUGGGGGUGGGGGUGGCCUUUCCGCCCCGUCGUCCAUGAGGGAUCGCAAUCGGACGGAAGGCGUGGCCACCAUGGAGGAGGACGGCGCGGCCACUCUGCCGACCCCCCUGCUGGAGCAGCCUCAGGGGGCCCCGCAGAUCUCGGAGCUGACGGCAGACUCCCUGGCGCUGGUGCUGGACGGGCCUAGCUUGGCGCACGUCCUGGGCAACGCCGAGGCAGAGCGCAUGCUUCUCACGCUGGGGAGCAUGUGCACGAGCGUCAUCGCGUGCCGGGUGAGCCCGGCGCAGAAACGGCUGAUCGUCCGGCUUGUGAAGAGGGGCGUGGUGCCGAAACCAGUGACCCUCUCCAUCGGGGACGGAGCUAACGACGUCGGGAUGAUUCAGGAGGCUCAGGGCGUGUAG